AUGGAAAAUCAUGAUGUUCAAUUCCAAGAAGAAACCCGAAACAAUCAGAAAAACACCACCGCAUUCAUAAAAAAUGUUGAAGUCCAGAUGGGUCAAAUAGCACAACAAUUAGCCUCAAGUUCACAAGCACAAGGUGCUUUACCUAGUACAACUGUGACAAAUCCUAGAGAGCAUAAUAAUGUGACCGUUGUGAUAACAAGAAGCGGUACAUCUCAUGAAGUGCUUGAGGAGAUGGCUGAAGAGGAAGAUCAAUUGAUCGAAGUGGAUCUUGAGAUCAAAGAAAAUGAAGUUGUGAGGGAAGAAAUGGUUGCACCGAAACCAGCGGUGAAAGAAAAAGUCACUGAACCUAAGUUGGUCAUUAAGCUUCCUUUUCUCACCAGAAACAAGAAAAAGGGGAAACAUGAGAAAAACUUUGAGAAGUUCCUAGAGUUGUUCAAGAAGCUAGAAAUUAACAUUCCGUUUUUGGAGGCACUUGAACAAAUGCCUACUUAUGCCAAGUUCAUGAAGGACAUCAUUUCUAAGAGGUGUACCAUCGACACCAACUCGAUUAUUCUAACCGAAACUUGUAGUGCUAAUUUGCGGGGUAUGAAGAUCCCAAUGAAGAAGAAAGAUCGAGGAGCGGUCACUAUUCCUUGUACCAUUGGAGAUAGGUCAUUUAAAAAGGAUCUUAUUGAUCUAGGAGCAAGUGUGAGUCUCAUGCCAUUAUCCAUUUACAAGAAUCUUGGUAUAUGGGUUGUGCAAGAUACCAUGAUGACACUCCAAUUCGCCGAUCAUUCGAAACCUUAUGGUAUUGUUAAAGAUGUUCUAGUGAAAUUGACAAGUUUGUAUUCCCGGUGGAUUUCGUGA